UAUAAAAGCUUUGUUAUUAUAAACCUUUGUCAUGAAACAUUCCUCACCGAGUACACCAGAAAAAGUUAUAUUCAGUCAUGGAUUCAAGAGCAGUUCAAACUCAGGGGCACAAGUACGAUCAACAUCACCGCAAUCCUCACAACGUUGGGCCGCAAGGAGUGGCACAUGGGGAUGAACACAACCAGCAUGACCAUGAGAAGAAGACGGUUAUGAAGAAAGUAAAAGAAAAGGCCAAGAAAAUUAAGGACUCCAUCACAAAGCAUGGUCAUAAUGACCAUGAACGUGGCCAUGAAUAUCACUAUGAAGAUCAGCAUAUCCCUGAUGAUCAUGACUUGGAUGAAGAAGAUGACGACGAUGUAGUCCACAGAGCACCGAUUUACGACAGUGCACCUGAUAGAGGUGCAGCACGAGGGAAAGUCGAUGCUAUUGGGAGAAGUGGAGUUAAUUUAGGAGGUAUAGCAGUUAUGGGAGGAGAACCUCAUCAGGAACCAAGAGUAGUGGUUGUUUCUCCAACUACUGGAGUUAAUCAAAGCGGAGCCACUGAGCCAACUAUGACAUUUGUUGAGGUAGAGAAAGUAGUGCAUACUAAGGUCAAUCUGGAGGAACAAAUUCACUUGGAGGAAGAUCCUCAUGCUCCACGAAGGGCACCUCAAGCAUAUGCUCCACCAAAUCAUCAAACCAAAGUCAAAGAUCCAACUGGGGCAGGUGGAGCAAAAAUUGACAUUACCCCAGUUGAGAAAUCUUUCUCCAGGAUGACUAUUCUUUAUGAGCCAAACCAAGACCAACCAAACCUCUUUCCAACUGUUACUGAAACUCACCACUCUUCUGCUGGAAGCCACUCCCAAAUUGCACCAGAGCUGUCUAGUGCAACUAAUUACUCAUCUAUUCAGAGCCAUGGCCAACACUUGCCAGAACUUUCUGGUGAAGUCAAAACCAAAUACCCCAAUAGUCAUGGCCAGUUUACACCAGUGUUGUCCAAACCAACCAAAACUCACUACCCUCAAGCCCAAAGCCAUGACCAAUACUUGUCACAACAAUCCAGUGCUACAAAAAAUCAAUACCCUUCUUCUGGAAGACAUGAUCAGUUUACACCGGUGUCAUCUACUGGACAUAAUAUUCAGCACCCGUCUACCAAAUUCCAUGGACAACACUUGUCACAACAAUCCAGUACUACAAAAACUCAACACCCUUCAUCUGGAAGCCAUGAUCAGUUUACACCAGUGUCUUCUACCGGGCCCAACAUUCAACACCCUUCGACCAAAAUCCAUGACCAACACUUGCCUCAACUGUUCAGUGCUACCAAAUCUCAGUACCCUUCAUCUGGAAGCCAUGAUCAGUUUACACCAGUGUCAUCUACUGAACCUAAUAUGCAGCACCCUUCUACCAAUUUCCAUGACCAACACUUGCCACAACAAUCCAGUGCUACAAAGACUCAAUACCAUUCAUCUGGAAGACAUGAUCAGUUCACACCAGUGUCUACUACCGGACCUAAUAUUCAGCACCCUUCGACCAAUUUCCAUGACCAACAUUUGCCACAACAAUCCAGUGCUACAAAGACUCAAUACCAUUCAUCUGGAAGCCAUGAUCAGUUCACACCAGUGUCUACUACCGGACCUAAUAUUCAGCACCCUUCGACCAAUUUCCAUGACCAACACUUGCCUCAACAAUUCGGUGCUACAAAAACUCAUUCCCCUUCAUCUGGAAGCCAUGAUCAGUUUACCCCAGUGUCUUCUACCGGACCUAAUAUUCAGCACCCUUCUACCAAUUUCCAUGACCAACACUUGCCACAACUAUCCAGUGCUACAAAGACUCAAUACCCUUCAUCUGGAAGCCAUGAUCAGUUCAUACCAGUGUCUUCUACCGGACCUAAUAUUCAGCACCCUUCGACCAAAAUCCAUGACCAACUCUUGCCUCAACAAUUCAGUACUACAAAAACUCAUUCCCCUUCAUCUGGAAGCCAUGAUCAGUUUACACCAGUGUCUUCUACCGGACCUAAUAUUCAACACCCUUCGACCAAAAUUCAUGACCAACACUUGCCUCAACAGCUCAAUGCUACAAAAACUCCGUACCCUUCAUCUAGAAGCCAUGAUCAGUUUACACCAGUGGCAUCUACUGAACCUAAUAUGCAACACUCUUCUACCAGAACUCAUGACCAGCACUUGUCACAACAAUUUGAUGAAACAAAACAUCAGUACCCUUCAACGGGAAGACAUGUUCAGUUUACACCAGAAUUCUCUACCGAACCUAAUGUUCAGUCCCAUUACACCAAAACCCAUGAUCAAUACCCUUCAUCUGUACACCAUGACCAGUACCCUUCUACCGCGAUCCAUGACCGACACUUGCCACAGCAAUCUAGUCCAGGUACGAAAAAUACCCAGUAUCCUUCGUCUGGAAGCCACGAUCAAUUUCUACCAGAAUUUUCAACUCAAACCAGAACCCCACAAGCCUACAACACCACACAUAUGGAGGAAUCCCAAUACGGAUCAAUGGAGAAACCAUCAAAUGAGAGCAGUUACACAGAUAAAAUCUCAUCAGCAACAGCUUCAAUAGCUGAUACAGCCGUCACUGCUAAAAAUGCUGUAGCUUCAAAGCUUGGAUAUGGCCACCGAAAUGAGACCGAAGCAACUCGAGCACAGAUGCAAGAGAACAUAAGCAACGAAGAACCAUCAACAGUCUCAUUAGCUACAGCCGCAAUAGCUGAUAAAGCCGUCGCUGCCAAGAACACAGUAGCUUCCAAGCUCGGAUAUGGCCACCGAAAUGAGACCGAAGCAACUCGAGCACAGAUGCAAGAGAACAUAAGCAACGAAGAACCAUCAACAGUCUCAUUAGCUACAGCCGCAAUAGCUGAUAAAGCCGUCGCUGCCAAAAACACAGUAGCUUCCAAGCUCGGAUAUGGUGCCGACAACGAAACAACUCAAACAAACACAAGCAGUGAAAGACCAUCAACAAUCUCUUCAGCAACCACUGCAAUAGCUGAUAAAGCUGUCACUGCCAAGAAUACUGUUGCUUCAAAGCUUGGAUAUGGUCCUGAAACAACUCAUCGGGAAGAAGAAAAACAGUCGACAAUCUCUACGGCAACCUCUGCAAUAGCUGAUAAAGCUGUCACUGCCAAAAACACCGUAGCUUCAAAGCUCGGAUAUGGUCCUGAAACGACUCAUCGUGAAGAACAAAAACCAUCCGCAAUCUCUUCAGCAACCUCGGCUAUAGCUGACACAGCUGUCUCAGCCAAAAACACCGUUGCCUCCAAGCUCGGGUAUGGUGCUGACACUGAAACAGUUCAAGCAAAGCAUCAAGAAGAAAAACCAUCAACAGUCUCUGCAGCCACCUCUGCGAUAGCUGAUAAAGCUGCCUCAGCCAAGAACACAGUAGCUUCAAAGCUUGGAUACGGUGCCAACUCAGAAACAACACAAACAAAGAACUACCAAGAAAAUACAAGCAAUGAGCAGCCAUCAACAAUUUCUUCAGCAACCUCUGCAGUAGCUGAUAAAGCUAUAUCAGCCAAAAACACCGUAGCUUCCAAGCUCGGUUUCGGUGACACCACAACAGCACAUGAAGAGAAGAGAAGAGAGCAUGCUGCUGCACCAACUGAAUAUGGAAAGAGUGUUGCGCAGUCUCUGACAGAGAACCUAGGUCCAGUUUAUGGAAAGAGUGGUGUGAAAUCCAAUGUUUCAGGUGAAAAUGCUAGUUUAGUUGUAGAACAAGACAAGGGUGUUUCUAUGAGGGACUAUUUGGCGGACAAGCUGAGGCCUACACCUGAAGACAGGGCUCUCUCUGAAGUGAUAUCAGAGACUUUGCAUAAGAAGGAGCCAGUGGAGGUCACUGAGGAGGGUGUGAAAAAAGUGAUUUCUGAUGCAGUGCAUAAGAGAGAGGAAGACCCUAAGAGAAGAGUAGACCAACAGAUACCAGUAUGGAAGGUAACAGAAUCAGAGGAAGUGAAAAGAAGGUUAGGAAGUGAAGAUGAAGAAACUGAGAGAAGGUACCAAGAGCUGUAUCUGAAGAGUCCAGGGACAGGUGUGGUUGAUAAGCUUAAGGGAAUGGUUGGGUCAUUGAUUACCAAUCCAGUGGAGAACCAAUCCUUAGAAGAUUCCUCUACUACGAAUUAUGAGACAAAAGUGGAACAUCUUCACCAAGGUGGAACUGAAAGAAGACUACAGGAGUCAUCUAAUUAAAGAAUCUUCUGAUGUGAAUUUGUCUAGAUUUAUGUUAUUGUUGUUUGUCUGCUACCUGUGUAAUGUGUCUGGUUCUUUCUUGCAAGAAAGUCUGACGUGAGUCACUGAUAAUUUAUUUUCAUGUUUCUUUAUUAUGUAUAUGAUGCUUUUGAGUCGGUAAUGUUAUAUGUCACUGCUAGUGUGUUAAUGUGUUAAUAAAAAUAUUUUGUAAUAAAUUGCGUUCUUUAAAUAUUCAAA